AGGAGACCAGCGCGCGCCACUGACCGAGACGCCCGAGACAGAAGAACGAUUCGAACACUGCACGUUCGCGAACCAGAAGCCAUGUUUCGCAUCCCGAGAAGCCACUUGAACCGGGGGAGGACCCUAACCACGCCCACUUCAAGCGCCGCCAGCAUCCCAGCCGAGGGCGAUGCGUGGUCCAGGAGACAACCACAGGCUGUUUCCGGAGUGCGAGCCCCCCCGUUCAGGCCUCUCCUCGUGCCGGGGGGAGGGCGCAUGCCCCUGCGGACGCGGUCGUCGCCGCCGACGCCCACGUCGAGGCCGUCGACGGCAGCCCAAACCGGGACGGCCAGCUCCGACGACGAGGACGACGACAACGACGCCGAACGGAGGCGUGGCUACGACCGACGGCCACGUGACCACAACCUGACCUUUGACGAAGGCGGAGGUGCGUGCGUCGUGGUCGUGGCUCCGGGACCCAUGGCUGCUGCCGCGGCCGCAGCCUCCAAGCGACAGAACCGGCGCCGGCGGCCCCCGACCCCCGUCGGGGGCGACGGAUUCCCUAGCGUCCGGGACGAACUGCGCACCUGCACCACGACGCUGAACUCGGCCGUCGGUGUCCCGCGCGCCGCCGCCGGCUGCCGUUCCUCGUCCUCUUCUUCCUCCUGCUCCACGGUGGGCGACGACGACGACGUCGGGCCCGGGCACCGCGGCCGGAGGAAGAGCGCCACCGACGACGCCAGCCAGGACCGCCGAAGCGUCGGCAGCAGCCGAACCAACACGGGCGAACCGGCUCCGAGACGCCUCCGCCACCACUCCAAGCUUGGAGCGCGCUUGAUGCUGACGGCGCUGGGCGGUUCCUCGGUGGUGCUGCUGGCGCUCCUGCUGGCCUACAACACGCAGCUCGAGCAGAACCUCAUCCACAGGGUGAAGUCGGUGUUCGACAAGGGCCAGGGCAAGCGGCAGGCACGGGCCGACGCCAACUCCACGCACUACACUGGUGUCGCCGGGAGCGCGGUGGACGAGGCGGCGCCGGUCCCGCACCGCGGCGGCAGCUCGACGACCACCGAGCCCACGCUGCCCGAGAGCGCCGAGGAGUUCGAGCAGCGCCUGCGCCAGAUGGUGUCGCGCUUCUGGACGCCUCGCGUCGAGGCCGACUACGCCGGCAGCGGCGGCUUCGGCUUCGACCCGCCCCGAGCCAGAGCCGCUCGCCGCGGCUGGCCCCCCGCCGGCCGAGGCGACGACGACGCGCUCCCGCGGCCGCCGAUGCCGGCCGGCGGCGACGACGAACCGACCGAGCCGAUGUCGCAGCCUCUGGUGAGGGACGCUCUUCGGCGGAGGGCCGACUGGUUCCUGGUGCAGGCUCGCCGUAGCCACGGCCGCCUGCCCGACGCCAGCUGGGCGGGCGACGGCGGCAACGCGUCCCGCGACGGCGGCGUGGUAGAGAUUGAGAAAGUGUGGCAGGAAGGCGACGACGGUGACGACGGGGACGGAGCGCCGGGACUUGGGUGACGCCGAGCGCGCUUCGUCGGCUGCUCCGCUCCCGUUUUUCGAUGGGACCCGAUUGGCGGGACGCGUUCUGGCGUCCGAUCGCGACGUUUCUUUUUCUUUCUUUCCUACUCAACGUAACCAGCCACAGUUGGGUGCGGGCAGCCCCUGCAGCGCGGGGCGCGACGCGAGCGCGAGCGCUGGGCUGCCUCGAAUAUAAGCCACCUUGAGAUGGCUGUGGCUGGCA